UCUUACUCUCUGCACCUGAGACCUGAGCCCAAAGAUCCUCAAGAUUUUGCUACAGCUGAACAGGUUAUUAUUCUACCUCACAUUCACACUCCUGAUUAUGAAGUAAUGAUUUUGACAAACAUUAUUGCAGUCCAUCCAAUCGGAUUUGAACUGAAAGAUCCAUUAGAUGUGCUGUCAGCAACAAGGGUCUCUGUGAUUCUGUGUGCUACAAUCUACUCAGCUACUGGUCUUUUCUGUUACCUUCUGUUUGGGGAUUCCACCAUGACAGAUGUUUUAAUAAACUUUGAUCAAAGCACCAAUUCUUCCAUUGGUUCAUUACUAAACGACAUUGUUAGAGUCAUUUACGCCAUUCACCUCAUGCUUGUGUUUCCUCUAUUCAACUUCUCUUUAAGAGCCAACCUUGACGAACUCUUGUUCCCUAUGAAGCUUUCUUUAAUGGAAGACAACAAAAGAUUCUUCGGACUCACUUUUCCAUUACUGAUAUCUUGUUUCUUGGGUGCCAUUGCUAUACCAGACAUUUGGUACUUCUUUCAGUUCCUAGGAUCAACUUUUACAGUCUCUAUAGCUUUCAUCUUUCCAGCUGCUAUUGUCUUAAGGAAUGUGAAUGGUUUUUCGACUUUAAGAGACAAGAUUGUAGCUUCAGUAAUGCUUGUUCUUGCUGUUGCCACAAGUAUCAUCGCCAUUUCAACAAAUAUAUACACUUUCACAGCAAGAGAAAAGAUAUGAAAAGCUUUUAGGAGUCCCUUUUCUUCAUGAAUUUGUUAAAUGGUAGGGCUUGUGUUGCAUUUAUUUUAUCUCUAUGUAUAAUAGGUUUUGUAAGAAGUGCAUCUUGAUAGCAACUUCAGGAAAAAUGUCUGUAUUUGGAAAAAUAAUAAAUCAAAGAGACUAACUAAAUAUUUCUUCAAUAUUAUUCCCCAGCUCAUUGGAUGAUU